UUAUAAUUGAUAAUAAUAAUAAAAUAAAUAGAGUAAUCAGAUGAAAAAAAAACAAUUUUUAUAGAAGGACCUAUGGAUAUAUGUGUAAAGCGAGUAGAAUAGUAUACGCAUUGAGCAAUUAACGACAGAGAAGGAGCUAAGUUUUAAAAUGUACUUUUUUUAAAAUUUUUAUAACUGGUCACCAUAACUAUACACUAAAAAGUUUAAAGCGCAAUAAUUGGAACACAUAAAAGGUAGGAAAAAAUCGUUUACCUGUACCUAGGUUGCAAUCGACCUAAUUUAGUCCCAAUGAGUGGCGGCUCGUGUGUAUAUGCACAACUGCACAUACACUACCUACCCAAACUCAAGAAAAAUUAAAAACAUAAAUCAUAAUAAUACAACUAAGUACCUGUAAUGUAAUUAAGAUUAUUUUUCAAAAUAUAAAAAAUUAAUUUAGAAUAUUAUGAAAAUUAUAUGAUAUUUGGAUUGGGUUAUUUCGACUGCCAAACAGCUGUCUGGUUGUCCGCGACGGAACGGUAUCGGCGUGUAUGAUUAUAGUGGAGCAGUUGUGCACAGAAUCGUUGUGUACAUUUGUACAGCGUAAAAAAUAAAAAUUAAAGUAAGUCGAAUUACAAAACCCACGUUAUAAUGGAUAUGGAAUUGGUGUGCACAUAUGUUUGUGUGCACGUCAUAACCAAUUAAAUUGUUUUCAGCGAAUUAUUUUCGACGUCGCCGGGUUUUUGCGCAUCGGCAUUAUUAUUAUGUUAUUAUAGUUUAUUUUUACUCUUAUUCGUUUGUUAUAUUCCGAUAAUCAGCUAAUAUAUUAGCUAGUCGAUCAUUAUCGGAAAUUCAAAACAUUAAUCGUGUUUUUGUUUUUUAUCGACGACCGACAUUAACGUAUAUUAAUAUAAUAUUAUUAUUCGUGUAUUAUUAUUAUUACUUGUAAAAAUAUAAACAAAAGAAAAGGUAAUUGGUAAAUAACUAAAACUUGUAAACAAUUAUUUAAUACAAUUUAUAAUAUAAAUAUACAUAGGUUAGGUUACAUAUAUAUUUAUAUUAUAUUGGUUAUAUUUUUUUUGGAUGUGCACUACUUCAUUAAAAACCCACGAGCCACUGGUCCUAAUACUAUAAUAUACCUAAUUAUUGAUUCCGCGGUUGGAAAAUCAUAAAUAUACUGAUUAAGUCCGAAGAUUUUUUAGAGAAAAAUAUAAAACCAACCAUAAUUUACGUAUGUGGAGACGACUACGCGAUAUAUCAUUUUACACAAUGUUUAUUACCUACAUUUUUACAGUUAUAAAAAAUGUAAUUUUAUCAUCACUUAUAUAUUGAUUUAAUUAUACACAAGUAACAUUUAAAUUAUUCGUAUUAUAUCAUAGCCAUACAUUAUUAUAUAAUAAAAUAUUUAAAAGUAUAAAAAUGAAAAGGGAGAUGUUUUUUUAAACAUUAACGUGACUUAGUAUUAAAACAGACUCAAUUAAUAUUGACUACGUUAUACGUUAUAUCUAGCCCUUUAUUUAUUAAUAUUAGUCUAUGAUAAACCUUAAAACAACCCGGGACCUAAUUCAUCAUAAAAUACAGUAAAACAUAGUAUAUAUAAAAUACAACAUACAUUUUUUAAUUUAAUUUUUUCCGCUGUUGUAGAAUGGUUCAAAAUUAAGUUGGAAAAAAAUCAGGACUUCUUGUUUAUAGUAAAUAACUAUUAGUUAUUAAUUAUAGACAUACAAGAAUAGAUCGAAAAGGCGAAGAAAACAAAUACCUACGUCCUACAUACGUUUUUCAGAUUUAAAGAAAACAAAAUUAUUCUGAUCGAGUAUAUCUAAUAAAAUAAGUAUGGCUGAAAUAGUUUUGUCGCCAAACACUAUUUUUAAUCAAAUAGCGACCACGUCUUCGGGAGCUUUCACCGUGGAGCAUUGCGUGUCGGAAGACUUUUAGAUGAGUAGGGGCAUUGCAGUGUUAUUUAAACUGAAAUAUGGAAAUAUCGGUACUUUAUUGGAUCAAAAGGUCCGAGUAGGUGGUAUAGCAGAACUUAAAGUUAACCAGGGAAAAGACAUUUAUGUUUUUUACCUGGUGACUAAAGUUCUCUACCACCACAAACCAGCACAGCAGUGUUUGGCCAAUGCAUUAAUCCAGUUACGGGAUAGGUUAGCAGAUUUAUGUAUAAAUUUGCUAAUUAUCCCGAAACUGGGUUGUGCUUUGGAUGGGCUGAAUUGGUACGAGGUUCGUGGAAUGUUACAUUCCACGUUCGUCGAUAGAAAUAUACAAAUUAUCGUAUGUGGUCCCGAAAACUUACAGAUAACACGUCAUGUGAUUGCCACAUGUGUGGAAAAAAAUAUUGAAUUUUUGGAGUGCGGUGGUCCGGAAACAGUAAAAAUAUUACCAAUAGAAUUGUCAAACGCAAGCGAAAAUGCAAUAUUCACAAAAUGCUUGAACCAUUUUCAAUUAUCGCCAAGCUUAAUAGAUAACGGGAAGUGGGCGUCUGUUGCCAAAGGACAAGUGGUCCGUGGCAACAGCAAUUUCAUAAUUUGGCCGUAUCUUAACGAAGAUGUUAAUUUUUUCCAGACUUUGGAAACCCAAAUUGAUGAAACGAGGGUGAUGGUCCCGAAUUUAUCAGUUUGGUCAUUUCCAAAGUCAGAAAUAAUUUUCUACCCCCAAUUCAUUGCCCUCGUUAAAUCGAAGUUGGCCGAUAAUGAUCUGCGGUAUAACAUAGUGGUGUGCGACCCAAAUAUGCCCGCGCAAGCUAUGCCAUUUACAGGCAAGUGGCCCCGUGGCAGUGCCACUCGUCGUCAUAAUAAUAACUCACCACUUGCCACAAACGCUGUGGCAUUUCAUCGUGGCAAUAACCGUAUUUAUGGUGGUCGUCUGAGGGGACACGGCGGACGUGGAUACGGGGAACGCGGUGGACAUGGUGGACACACUUCCACACCGUCCACGACCAUUUAUUCAGAGGCGCUCAGGUCCAUUGUAUCAGUUGUUGAAAUGGCUACAAAUACAAUGAGGGACCAGCCAUCCAAUAUACAAAUGGCAAAUAAUUUUCCGGAACGCGGACGAGCACGAGGACGCAGACGAGCACGGGGACGGCCUCCAUUAACAUGCCAUGUAUGUCGGGCGUUUGGCCAUUUGCGGCGGGAUUGUCCUAAAAAAUGCACGGUGGGAUACCAUUUGUCCCACUUCUAAAAUCACAUUUCCAGCACGGUGGUACGAAAAAUAACCCACCUAGUGAAAUAUUUUUUUCCCAAUUACUUGUAUUUAUUUUUUUGCAAUAAGUGAUGUAAAUAGUUUUAGAUAGAUGAAAAAUCUACAUCGAUUGUUAAGUGGCGCGACAAAAGAAUAGUAAGUUUGUUGUCAAAUUUUCAUAAUCCGACGGAGACUACGCAAGUUCAAAGAAGAUCCAAAGAUGGUUCAAUUACAAUGGUAUCAUGUCCUGUAGUAUUAAGUGAAUAUAAUAAACAUACGAACUGCGUUGAUAAAUUCGACCAGAAUAAGAAAUCCUAUCAAAUAGAUCGAAAAGCUAAAAAAUGGUGGCAUAGACUUUUUUUUCAUUUUAUUGAUGCGGCAGUAGUUAACUCUUACGUCUUAUACAAAAUAAAAUCAGGUAUAAAUAUAACAAUGAAAGAUUUUCGUCGUGAAAUUUCUAACGAUUUCGUUUCAAAAACAUUGGUUGAAAAACGAUCUGUUCAAACCGUUUCCAAAAUACAAACAGCAGUACCUGUUAAAAAACAUAAGCCACAUGUAAGUUCUAUGAUUAGGUUCGAACAGGCUGCUCAUCAACCUAAAAGAGGAACAAGAAGAAGAUGUGCUAAGUGCAGUACUAAGCAAAAUGAAAUCCGAACGGAAUGGAUUUGUUCAGUAUGCGAUGUUCCUUUGUGUUUGACAAAACAAAAAAAUUGUUUUGCACUUUAUCAUAGUUCAUUAUAAUUUUAAUUGUCUUUUAACUUUUAUAUUAAGUUAUUAAUGUUAUUUUAAUUUCACAGUAUAAUAGUAUACCUAAAAGUGUAGUAUAACUAAUAUGUGUAAUGUUGUUUUUUUAAUAAUAUGUCCAUUCAGUAUUAUUUGUAAUAUUAAUAUAAGGA